AUGCCUUCAAGCAAAGGAAAGCCUACCGAUCCCGAGCUGCGGGAACAGCUUAAGGAGGAGAUAAAGCAGGAGCCGAAUAAGUCGGGUGGCGGUGAAGGGGAGUGGGCAGCUUGGAAGGCUUCGAAACUGGCCAAGGAGUACGAGAAGCAGGGCGGUGAUUACGAGAAUGAGGCUGGUUCAAAAAAUGAGCCGAAGAAGGGCAACCCCCAACCCAAGAGCGAGUCUAAGAAGCAGUCGGAAACUUAA